GACGUCACUACCAUGCGCCGCAGGAAAACAACAACCCCCUUCCAAAACAGUGAUCAGAAUCUAUUCUCUAAUCGAUAUCUAGUCUCUAAACGAUUGAACAUGAUUUAAAAUAUUAGUUUUAGUUAAAUAUAAGGGGAAAAUAUAGAUCCGAAACAGGAGAAUAAAUGAAGAGUCAAACAGCGCGUCUCUAAACUGGACUUCAUUGUUUUUCUCCUGAGAUCUACUGACGGCUGUGGUGACCUCUGACCUCCACCAUGAGCUCCAGGUGUGGUACCUGCGGGGGGUCGGAGAUCGAUGUGGAUCAGGCCCGGGGCAGCGCUGUGUGCACCAGCUGCGGCUCGGUCCUGGAGGACAACAUCAUCGUCUCUGAGGUCCAGUUUGUGGAGGGGACGGGAGGAGUGUCGUCGGCUGUGGGACAGUUCGUCUCUGCUGACGGUCCAGUUAAAGCUCCUCUUCUUGGUUCUGGUUUUCACACGAGUGUUGGAAAGGAGUCCAGAGCUCAGACUCUGCAGGGUGGUAAGCGUCAGAUCCAGCAGCUGGGCAGUCAGCUGCAGCUGAACCAGCACUGUUUGGACACCGCCUUCAACUUCUUCAAGAUGGUCGUCAGUAAGCACCUGACCAGGGGACGCAAGACGGAGCACGUCAUCGCCGCCUGCCUGUACCUGGUGUGUCGCACUGAGGGGACUCCACACAUGUUACUGGACCUGAGUGACCUGCUGCAGGUGAACGUUUACAUUCUGGGUAAAACGUUUCUUCUGUUGGCUCGUGAACUUUGCAUCAACGCUCCAGCAAUCGACCCCUGCUUGUACAUCCCUCGGUUUGCUCAUAUGUUGGAGUUUGGGGUGAAGACUCACGAGGUUUCCAUGACUGCUCUUCGGCUCCUUCAGAGGAUGAAGAGGGACUGGAUGCACACGGGACGCCGACCCUCCGGACUCUGUGGAGCAGCUCUCCUGGUAGCUGCUCGGAUGCACAAGUUCCGUCGCACGGUGAAGGACGUGAUCAGUGUGGUCAAAGUGUGUCAGACCACGCUGAGGAAGAGAUUAACAGAGUUUGAAGACACGCCCACCAGUCAGCUGACCAUCGAUGAGUUCAUGAGGGUCGACCUGGAACAGGAAUGUGAUCCGCCUUCCUUCAUCGCAGCACAGCACAAAGCCAAGAUGCAGCAGCUUGAACAGGAGCUGGCAAGGAAGCUGGACGACGUUGAAGGAGAGAUCAGCUGCUACAAAGACGAGAUUGAGACCGAGCUUGAGAAGAGUCGACCCAAACUGAGAGGAAUUUACGCCGCCUACGCCAAAGAAAUCGAUCCAGAGGACACAGAAGUUUUGUCCACAAUCUCUGAGCCCGAGGACCCUGAGGUCGAGGAGGACGAGCUCCAAGCUGCUGCCCAACACCUGACUCAGGACUUCCUGUGUCAGGUGAUGCAGGAAGAGGAGGGGCCGGGCAACAAGGCUAACGUUAGUGAACAGGAGUUGGGGCUGGACAAGGAGGGAGCUGAACCUCACCGUCAGGCCGCCCCUCUGGCCGCCAUCCUGGGAAAGCUACCGACUGCUGCCAGCCUGGGCCUUCAACAGACCUUUGAGUCAGAGACAGAGGACAAACCUGACGACGAGGAGUCAGAGGGCGGAGAGCUGGACCUGGAUGGUAUCGAUGAUCUGGAGAUAGAUAAGUACAUCCUGAACGAGAAGGAGGUCCAGGUGAAGACAGACCUGUGGAUGAAACAGAACGCAGAAUACCUGAAGGAGCAGAAAGAGAAGGAGGAGCGGAUAAAGAAGGAGAAGGAACAGGGCACCUACAAAGAGAAGCCCAAGAAGUCCAAGAAGAAGAAAGAGCAGACGGAAGCCACGACGGCGGGCGAGGCGAUCGAGAGGAUGUUGGAGAAGAAAAAGAUCUCCAGUAAGAUCAACUACGACGUUCUCAGAGACCUCAACAGCAGAGGGACAGGAAGUGGGGGUGGCAGCAGUCCUAGCAGACCCCCCAGCGAAGCCCCCGACACACGCAAACGACUCAACCGCCGCCGCCGCAGGAAGGCCAGCGAUGCUAACAGAGACCUCGCCGCUAACGCUAGCAUCAUGGGGAAGAGGGUCCGCCUCCUUAUAUCCUCUACACCAAAGAAGAAGAAAACAGCUGUCCAGGAAGAACCACUGGUUACCGUGACAACAGAAACAACAGCUGAAACGGACCCUGAACCAGAAACAAGCGCCAUCACAGAGACCCCAAUCACCACGAGGGAGGAGAGGGAAGAAGAGGAGGAGGUGGAGGUGGAGGAGGAGUGUGUAUCCGCUCUGCAGCUCGUAGGAGAUUACGGCUGUGAGGAGGAGGAAGUCUUCUAACCCUGACGACCAGCUGAUGAACUCUCCGUCCGUUAAUGAGGCAGCUCCGCUAAGGAUGAUCAAUAACCAAUAUCAGUGAUCGAUCAGUCUCACCGUCAACUUUGAUGAAACUGAAGUCUGCUUUCACAUCCUUCUCUUCCAACCGUUUUUAACUUGUUAAACUGAUCGCUGAUAUUUGUAUGGAUUUGAUCACACUAAGCUUCCCGUGUUGUUUAUAUUGUAAAGUAGAAAAGUUGUAGAUUUUACUUCUUUGUUUAUUUUUCUAUCAUUGUGUUGUGUUUGAUUGUAGAAUUUAAAUUUCACAUUCCUGUAAAAUGUCAAUGAAACUUUCAGAACAGAAAAGAUGAAAAACUUCUGGAAAACAAAACUUUGCAAACCAAGUGUUCAUGUUUUUAUUUACUUUGUGUAACUUUGUGUUUGUUUGUUUUUUACGAUGAAAUGUACAACAAAUAAUGAUAAACUCAUAACAAAAGAGAAAAAAGUAACUGAAGUAAAAGUGUUUCUUCAUCAA